AUACAAGACCAAACACAAUCAGCAUAUACACCAACGCAUCCGCCAUAUUUGUGUGGAUAUAAUGUCGGUAGGAUUGGAAAUAGACUCUUUCAAUUUGCAUCUUUGUAUGGUAUCGCAAUAAUGCGAGGUAUGAAGUAUGUCAUACAUACAAAUGACGUCAUCAAUCAGAUAUUUCUUAUUCACAAUGACUCUAACCUUUUGAUAACAGACGAUUUAGAAUCUAUUUGCAAUGUUACUAUUUAUAGACGGGAACGCUUAUGUUGUGGCUUUGACAGCAAAAUUUUAAAUUUCAAUCCGAAACCAGGAGAGACAUAUAGAAUCAUAACGUAUCUACAGUCAUGGAAAUACUUUGAAAAAGCUAAAGAAAGUAUUAAAAGGCAGUUUACUUUCAAACCAAAAAUUGUGUCCUCUGUGAAAAAUGUGACUGCUGAUAUUCUCCGACGCUUCAACGUCACUUCCCGUAAUGACGUAGUUCUUGUAGGUCUCCAUAUACGACGAGGUGACAUGACUAUGAAGAACACAUAUGGUCAUGAGGUUGCAACUCCAGAAUAUCUAUACAAAGCAGUGGAUCAUUUCAACAACUAUCUGAACGUAAUUUAUGUCGUCUGCUCCACCGAUCUAACAUGGAUUAAGGCAAACAUGCCAAAAAAUGCAGCAAAAGUUUACUUCAAUACCCCAAACGCAUAUCCAGAGAAUGACCUCGCUCUGAUAGCUUCUUGUGAUCACGUGAUUAUAACUGUUGGAACUUUUGGAUGGUGGGGAGCAUGGUUGUCAGGGGGUCACGUGACUUUCUAUAAAUGGCCCGCUAGAGAAGGAACAAUUCUGAGACAAGGUUUCAGUGAGGACUUUAUGGAUUUCUUUUAUCCUAGAUGGGUCGGAUACUAAGGAUGCCAGAAGAAAUCAACACAAGGUCAUAGA